AUGUCCCUGGUCGGAAAGUUGGCUGAGGCGUUCAGCGUCUUUGCGGGCAGUGCGCGGGCAAAUCUUGAUGGAGUAGAUACGGAUGCCGUCAUUAGUAGUCGCGAUGUGGUGAAGGAGGGAUGGCUGACGAAGCAAUCAAGGAAUGUUAAGGAAUGGCGAAAAAGAUACGUCGUGCUUACGAAAGAUUGUACUUACGACUUGUUGAUUAUCUUUUGCUUGUGGGCAUGCAUUUCGUUGUGCUUGUGGUAGCUGCGUAGAAAGUGAGGUGAAAUCAUUAGAAAUUGUUGCGUCUGUGUGGACGUCACGCAAAAUUAGUGAGAAUUUGCGUCUGUGUAGGUUGCACGCAUGAUUGAUUCUUCUUUACUCCGAGCACUGCGUUUGCAUUUCUCGGAGGUCCGCAUUAAGUGGAUGAAUUCUUGAAACAGGCCUCGCAACUUUUCGAAACGGACCGCAGCAAGUGUACAAGUGUAUCGAGGCAACAGAACUAGUUUUCUUCGGGCACAUGAUGACAGUGCGAAGCGCUGAGCAAGACACGGGCAUGGAUAACAGCUUCUGCAUGCAGCGACAAAAGGAUGCAAAGUUCUUCUAUUUCAUCGCCGAAACAGCAACUGAGAAAGAAGGUUGGGUCGGAGCGAUAGGACGACAAAUGGUACAAAUGACCUGUAUUUCUACCGAAUCGUUUUUCUUUUUGACUAUGUAUAUCUACUCGCUGGCUGAACCUGGAAUAAACUUUGCCUUCCAACGAACGUGCGCGAGCCGUCUUCAGGAAAACCAAAUCACACUUGCUUCAGGUGAGACGGACUGUCAUGAUAGAUGAACAAGACGGGGACUGACAGCAUGGGUUCAUACAUUUUAUUCGCCUAAGUACUCUUUCUGUCCCUGAGACUAAGGCUGGUACAAAACACCCGCGCCUGCACUUUCAUUAUCAUGAUCUCUCGAGAAGUUUUUGUUUUCAGUUUUCUGCAACCAAUUAAUUUGAGCUGCGCGAACAUUACACGGACACAAGUCAAAUGAAGUGUCUUGGCUCAUGAUCUUGAG